AUGACCAUGACCACCAUGCCAGAAAGUCUCAACAGCCCCGUGUCGGGCAAGGCGGUGUUUAUGGAGUUUGGGCCGCCCAACCAGCAAAUGUCUCCUUCUCCCAUGUCCCACGGGCACUACUCCAUGCACUGUUUACACUCGGCGGGCCAUUCGCAGCCCGACAGUGCCUACAGUUCGGCCUCGUCCUUCUCCCGACCGCUGGGCUACCCCUACGUCAACUCGGUCAGCAGCCACGCGUCCAGCCCCUACAUCAGUUCCGUGCAGUCCUACCCCGGCAGCGCCAGCCUCGCCCAGAGCCGCCUGGAGGACCCAGGGGCGGACUCCGAGAAGAGCACUGUGGUGGAAGGCGGUGAAGUGCGCUUUAAUGGCAAAGGGAAAAAGAUCCGCAAACCCAGGACAAUUUAUUCCAGUUUGCAGUUGCAGGCUUUGAACCGGAGGUUCCAACAAACUCAGUACCUAGCUCUCCCUGAGAGGGCGGAGCUCGCGGCCUCCUUGGGACUCACACAGACUCAGGUCAAGAUAUGGUUCCAGAACAAACGCUCCAAGUUCAAGAAGCUGAUGAAGCAAGGCGGGGCAGCUCUGGAGGGCAGCGCGCUGGCGAAUGGCAGGGCCUUGUCUGCCGGCUCCCCACCGGUGCCACCCGGCUGGAAUCCGAACUCCUCCUCUGGGAAGGGCUCCGGCAGCAGCGCAGGCUCCUACGUCCCCAGCUACACCUCCUGGUAUCCUUCAGCGCACCAAGAAGCUAUGCAGCAGCCUCAACUCAUGUGAGGUUAUCAGUUCGCACUCACCCGCCUCCUUCCCGUCUCCCAUGGCCCGGCCCCUCUCGCCUCCAGGUCCAUCCACCCUUUCUCCUGCCCUGGGCCGGGAGAAGAAGGACCCCGAGGUGAGGAAGGGGGGAAAAAAAGGAACAGAGGGUUUGCCGCCUCCUUGGGGUUCCUAGAGGUCUGGUCCAGCGAGUUUCCAACUCCCCGCCCAAACCUGGUUUGGGCCACGCCGUGACAGCAAAGUGGCCUCAAAGCAGGCACAGCCACCGAAGACCCAGCCACAAGACAACCGGCUGGACCCGACCAGACUCUCAGCUUUGUGAGACUAUCAGGAAAAAAAUACGUAGGAGGGGGAAAAUGCUCUCUUUUUUUCGGUUCUGUCUGUCUUUGUCUCCUUUUUGCACUGUCUGUGCGCUGAGUCAAGGUCCUCGUGUGUCUGCUGUCCUCAUUCUGCGGCCUCUCCAAAAAGUCACCAGGUCUGAGCCACACCGGUCUGCCGGCAGCCCACCAGCGAAUCCUGGAACGCUUUUUCCUUUAUGGUCUUCUUCCGGGCCCUGCGUGACCACCUGUGUAGCUUGUUUGGGAAACGGGGAGAAUCAGAGGGAGGGGGGUUAAUUUAUUGAAAAACAGACUUUAUCUGACGCCGAGUGUUGGCCAAUUCCAGGUUCUCUGGGGCAUGGAGUGGGCACUGUCCAAACAUACUAUUUACCUUGAAUACACCAGAAAAGGGAACAAGGAGGGGGGUAGUGGUUUUUAGGGUACACGGUAACUUUUGUGCUUUGCUGGAAUGGAGUGGUGGGAGCAGUGUGCUUUACAUUUUACAUGCCCCAUGUUUGUUAUUAAAAGUAACAAACAACAAAAGAAAGAACAAAGUAACAAAGGAAAGAGAAGAGAAGCCAUCAGGAUUUUGUCAGGACUGCGGACAAGAACACCCAGCCAAGAAGAAAAUCAUCCUCUGGGCAGCAAGAGAGAGGACCAAUGGUCCUCGGCGAGAAAAUCAGUCCUGUGAAAGCGCCCCAAUUCCAGGUCUCUUUGAAGUAAGACAUAAACAGCUUUAAACAACCCCCAGCGGCUCCACCACAGAACACAAGUCGUCACCCUGAACGCACAGUCUCUGGUGCAGGAUCUAAUUGCUGUACAUAUUAUUAUUAUUGUUAUUAUUAUUAAUAAUUAUUAUUGUUGUUCUGUAAACAUGUUGCACAAGCUUAGCCUCUUUCCGUUCCAUUGUGUGUGGCUGUAAACCCGAUGCUUUGUGAAAUAAGAAUCUUGACAUUUUACUUGUGAAAUUUGGAAAAUGUGAUCGAUUGAAAUUCAACCGUGUUUUGUGUUCUCUAUGUCAAAGUUUAGUUUUAUAUUGAGAAUGUUAACUUAUUGCUUUGUAUCUUGGGGGGAGGGAAACUUUGUAAAUAAGUUAUAAAGUUUCUUUGAGACAGUAAAAUUAUGAUUUCAUGAAAGA